AUUAAUUUUAGCAGUAGAUCGAUUUACCGAUUUUGCUAAAACUUAAAGGGGGGUCAAAAAUGCUGCAUUAAUAAAAGAAACGAAGUGGUUUUGCUUUGUGUGGACAGUAGUUACCGGACAGGGGAUUUAAACAACUGAAGAGAAAGAAACUUUAAACAUGAGGAGAAAAUCACGUUAUUUAUUCGUCGUGUUUAUAAUAUGGUCGUCGGGCGUCUUAUAUUACUUUACCACGUUUGGAAGACAAGAUCAAUUUUCAUCAAAAGCUAAAGAUUCGGGCUACACCAGUGAAGAAGGAAAGUACAACCCAAAGUUGAGCAAUGUAAAAGAUUCCUUAGAAGUCAUUGAAGAAACUAGAUUCGAUAAAGAUGGUUACGGCGAUAUAGGGGACCCUAAUAACAGAGAGGAUAAUUAUAAGAAGAAAGACGUGCUGGGGAAGCUAUGGAACAGUCACCAUCCUACUGAGAGGGACGACGAUAAACUAAGAUUCAGGUCACAGUCGAUACAGCAGCAGCAUAGGAACCAUGGGAUUCCCUGGAGAGAUUUUGACGAAUCCAGUUACAUAAGCGCGACCGCGAUCCAUCACGGCGAGGAUAAAUAUAAAAGAAACAAAUUCAACCAACAAGCGUCGGAUAAAUUGAAAUGUGAUCGACCGGUUCCGGACACUAGGAAUGGAUUAUGUUCCAGCAAUUCCUGGGACCUCUCCAAGCUCCCAGCAACCAGCGUUAUCGUUACUUUCCAUAACGAGGCAAGAUCGACUUUACUACGAACAGUGGUGUCCGUAUUAAACAGGAGCCCACCUAGUUUGGUGAGGGAGAUUAUAUUGGUGGACGACUUUAGCGAUAAUGCUGAGGAUGGCCAACUUCUGGCACAAAUUGAAAAAGUUCGAGUUUUACGAAACAACCAACGAGAAGGUUUAAUGCGGUCACGGAUCCGCGGUGCUGACGCUGCAGCCGCCCCUGUAUUAACUUUCCUUGAUUCCCACGUCGAAUGUAACAAGAAUUGGUUAGAACCUUUACUACAGCGUAUAGCUGAUGAUAGGACGGCGGUCGUUUGCCCGAUUAUCGAUGUGAUUAACAUGGAUAACUUUGAAUAUAUUGGAGCAAGCGCCGAUCUACGAGGAGGCUUUGAUUGGAACCUGGUGUUUAAAUGGGACUACAUGUCAUCUGAGGAACGCAGAAGCAGAGCAGGAAACCCUACAGCACCAAUAUCCACACCUAUGAUAGCUGGUGGUUUAUUCUCAAUGGAUAAAUCCUACUUCAAUCAACUCGGUAAAUAUGAUACGGCUAUGGAUGUUUGGGGGGGAGAGAACUUAGAAAUCUCGUUCCGUGUUUGGCAAUGUGGUGGAAGGUUGGAAAUUAUCCCCUGUAGUAGGGUGGGACACGUGUUUAGGAAACAACAUCCUUAUACCUUUCCUGGGGGAAGUGGGAACGUAUUUACCAGAAACACCAGACGUGCCGCCGAGGUGUGGAUGGAUGAUUACAAGGAAUAUUAUUACGCAGCUGUGCCAUCGGCAAAACUUAUACCGUUCGGAAAUAUUGAGAAUCGUUUACAAAUACGUGUAAGAAAUCAAUGCAAGCCGUUCAAGUGGUAUCUGGAGAAUGUAUAUCCUGAACUAAGAGUGCCAAGUAAGGAGUCAGUAGCCUUUGGUUCAAUAAAGCAGGGUGUGAACAAAUGUAUUGAUACGUUGGGUCAUGUACAAGAAGGUUCUAUUGGCUUGUACGAGUGUCAUGACUCAGGGGGUAACCAGGAGUUCUCUAUGAACAAAGAAAUGCAAAUCCGACAUCAAGAUCUUUGUUUUACGGCCGGGGAGGGCGCUAGAGAGGGAAGUAUCAUCAAGUUACGACAUUGUGAUGAAAACAACACAAUGCAGAAAUUUGAGCAAAGCAAGAGCCAACUUCGUCUCUACCAAUCAUCCUACUGUAUCGACAGUCGCCAUGAAAGAGACAUGGGUCUCAUACUGUCCAAAUGUGACCACAGUCGUAGCCAGCAGUGGAGGUUUAGCAUGGGUGACUUGACCCAUUAACCUUCUUACUUUUGCUUCUUGCUGCCUUCUUCAUUUGCAACCUAGGGAAUUCUGUGUGACGUCAUAAUAACCAGUAUGCAGCGUCCUUGUGACGUCAUUAUCCGCUAAUAUGUCGCAAUCGGUUCGUAUUUUAACCUGACAUUAUGGUACAUACUCUUAACAGCCUCGCCGCUUUUUUAACUUUACUAAUCAUGUGAUGACAUCAUCACCUAUGACGUCAUCAGCUGUGAUGUCAUAACGCAUAGCAGUCGCGACGCACUUACGCCGAUAAAACAACUCAUUACAACGGUACAAUUAUUUUUCCUUUGUCUUAAAUUAUCGAGAUUUUAUUAAUUGAGUCUGUUACGUAGUAUGACGUCACUAAUCUAUGAUGUCAUCAAUCUAUGACGUCACAAAAGUAGUAGACCAAGAUUGGAUGUGCAAUAUUCAAAGACAUGAUUUACCUUGAUUUCUGCAAUAGAUCUAAUUUAGACUCCUAACAUGUAUACGCCAUAAAGCUAUUAACCCGCAAUUUUAUUUAUUUUUUGCCAACCGAACGACUGUGUUUUUAAACUGGAGUUUUUUAGCCAUGAGCUUUUCGCCGCAACACACAGUCACUAUUGCAGCAUUGUGCUAAUAAAAUGUUAAAAAGAUCA